AUGGAAAGCCCAGCAAAAACAAAUAGAAAAGAUAACCAAGAUGCACCAUCGAAAGAAGGCAAACUACCUGUCAGUGAAGCACUUCUAGACUACCACUGUCAAAUAAAGGAAAGCUCUGUAGAACGAUUCAUGGUUCAAUUAAGGAAACUUAGGGAAAAGAACCAGAAGUAUCAUGAUAGAAAUAAACGCUUGAAGGAUGAGCAGAUCUGGCACAUAAGGAACCUACUGCAGGAACUGAGUGAAGAUAAGUCAAAGGGAAUGCUGAUUGUAACAAGAGAGGAUGUUGAAGAAGCAAUGAAAGAAAAAUGGAAGUUUGAAAGAGAUCAGGAGCAAAAUUUGAAAGAUAUGCGCAUGAAAAUUAGUAAUGCUGAGAAGCUAUUUCUUGAGAAACUCGGUGAAAAGGAAUAUUGGGAAGAGUAUAAGAAUGUAGGGAAUGAACAGCAUGCAAAACUCAUUAAGUCCUUGGAAAAUGACAUCAAAACAGUUAAAGAAAAUGCAAAGAAAAUGUCAGAAUGUAAUAAAAAUGCUAUAGGGUUCAUUGACAGGGGCAGUUAUCGAGAAAUUUUGGAAAAUGACUGGCUGAAAAAGGAGAUUGCUGUUCACAGGAAGGAAGUUGAAGAAUUAGAAUGUGCUAUUCAUAAACUGGAACAAGAAAAUUUGGUGCUUAUUGAUCAACUAUUCCAUUGUAGACUUGUGGAUCUCAACAUAACCAGGCGUCUAUUUCUUACUCAAGCUACUGGACAGGAAGUACCACCUGACAAAACUGCUUGGGAGUUUCCAGAAACACUUAAUGAAUCAACGUCGAAAUUACAGGAGGAAGAAGUGAGGAGCGGCGAGCUGGCGAGCGCCUCGGCGGAGAGCAGUGCCUCCCGCGUGCCCUCUGAGGACACCCUCGGGGAGGUCCACCCGCAGCCCCAGGAGGAGGACAGCUCCCACGCAGAGUCUGGAGCAUCUGAGAUAAAAUACUUACUGUAUGAAGAUGAGCAGGACUUCAGGGAUUAUGUAAACUUGGGACCCCUGGGAGUGAAGCUCAUGACCGUGGAAAGCAGGAAAAUGCCCAUUCAUCUUCAAGAGAAGGAAAUUCCAGUCAAAUUCGAUGAAGAUGUUAGCAAUCCACAAAGACUCCUCACAUAUAGAAUGAUGAAGUCUUUUCUCUAA